AUGAAAAAGAACAAACUUAAUGUUUUAUACCAAAGAAAUGAAUCAACCAGGCAGAGGAGAAAUUUCCUUUUUCUUCUUUCCAUGAGGAGGAGGUAUGAGAAUAGGAGAACGGUUGCGAAGGAAAAUGACAGCACGCAUUACGACACAAACGAAGAGAAAGUACAUGAAUGUAGUGAUAAUAUUGAAAAAAGAAACGAAAGACAUAACGAAAAUGUUAAUGAUAUGCCGAGUAAAAAACAAGAAGAUAUUUUAAAAUAUUAUGAUCAUAAUAAAAAUGUUAUAAGGACAACAAAUUAUAUUUUAAGAGAACAUUUAAAUGAUAUUAUUUUCAUCAACCAGAGGAACCUUUUUUACAGUUAUUUUUAUAAUGCAUAUCCAUUUGUUGUGAAUAAAUAUAUGAGUCAGAUAAAAGGAAGAAAACAAAAAAACGGUUUGAUACAACAAAAAAACUCCAAGGAAAAUGAUAAAAACAUUGGACAUGAAGAUAGCGGGAUCAUACCACCCACGCAAGUGACUAACAACUCAUUGACAUUCAACAACAAUCAAGAGAUGAAUCCAUCUUUAGGAAUUUUUCAUUAUUAUAAUACAAACACGAAACAUGAAAUGGAGGAGGAUAAUUUUAUACACUUAAUUAGUCAAAAGGUAAAUUGCCUUAAUAGUGCAAGUAAAUUUUUAAAAGAUAUAAAUGACAAUUUUCAUUUGGCUCACAUGAAGAAUACAGACCUUUACAAGCUAGGCAAUAUUUUUCAAAACAUAAUUGAACGAAUAAAUGAUACAAAUGACAUAAAUAAGAAAAUUGAAAUUUUGUUAUAUCUAUCGAAUGUAUGUAAUCCGCAUGUGUUUCCAAGUAUAUACGCAAAUGUAAAAAAAUAUAUACAAGAGAUUUAUGAACAUAUAAAGAAAAAAACAAAAAAAGGGGUAGAUGAAUCAUACAUUUUAUUCCUUUUAUAUAAACAAUUUUUAUCAAAAAAAAAUGAUAAAUAUGUAAAUAUGAAUGUAGAAAAAUACCUAUCAGAAGAAAUCUCUUUUUAUAACUAUUUAAAAAAUGAAAAUAUAAACAUUUGUCUGUUAAGCUUAAUAUAUCGUGAUUUAUCGUUUCUCAAAAAUUAUCAAGCAAAAUUUGUCUUGAUGAAUUUGGCUUUUUCCAAAAUGAAAAAUUCAGAUUUUUUCACCAGAACGGACACUCCAACAGGUAGCCAAGCUACCAACACCAUCAGCAGAAUCAGAGACAGUAACAAUCAAGAGGGAAGCAAAGAUGGACAUUUGUUCAAUCCAACGAAAGGGAAUGCUCAUGUCAACUUGCUACUAACAUUCUUCUCGAAUACUCUUUUAAGAAACAAUUUCCUUCACUUUUUGCAAAAUGAUUAUAUAAAUCUUGCACAAAGUUCUAUAAAUUACACAAAUAGAGUAAACCAAACAAAUGUAAACAAUUACAUACUCUACAAUUUAGUAAUUUCUAUUGUUCAAAUGAAGGCAUCACAAUCUUUAUGUUACGAAACGAUUUUGAAAAAAAAAAUGCACUUUUUUCUGCAAAAUAAGAAAAACACCAUGUUAUUUCAUCAGAUAUGUAAAAUGAAAAAGGAUCUAGAUCAUAUGAACGAUUUUAUCCUAAACAAUAUUAUUUUCUUUACUCCAAAUUUUGUAAAACAUAGAAUAAAUAUACCAAGGAAUAUGUAUUUAUACAUUCUCAAUAUUUAUUGUGACCUUUUCGAUAUGAUGAAAAGUGUAGAACUUUAUACAGAUAUUAAAAAAAAAAAACAUAUAAUUAAUGACAGUAAAAAAAUUAUAAAUUAUAUAAUAAAUGAAAUAUAUCAACACAUAAAUAUGUACACACUUAAAGAGUUUGUUAUUUUAUGUGCAAUGAUUGAUAAACUCCCCAGGAACUUUACUUUUGAAUUGAGGAAUGAUAAUGAUCAUUUGUCUCAUAGAAUGAAAAAUAAUUUGUAUAAAAAAAAACAGGAUGAAAUGGAAGAAGCACUAAUAGGUGAAAGAGGAGGAGUAGGAGGAGUAAAAGCAAGAAGUUCCCACCUGCAACAUAUCUUACAUUUUCCAGCAAACCAAGUCAUUCAAAAGAGGAGUAAACAAAUUGCAGAAAAAAAAUAUACUACCCAAGAUGAACAAAAUCGACAAGAAAAUAUAAAAAGAGAUGUUCGUGGUGAUGAUUUAUCCAUAUGUAAUACUACCCUCAUGUCAAACCAAAAAACAGAGGAUGAUAUGUAUGGAAGAAACAAAAUCGAAAAUAUUGCACAUACGAGUGAAUAUAUUUCAAACAAAAAUGUGGGAUACAAGAUGAAAAAAAAAAUGUCCAUAAUUAGUAAACACGAUUUUACCAUUAUAAUAUCUCUUUCUAUCUUCAACGAAAUUAAUGAUAAUUUUAUUUUUCAGAUAAAACAGAAAGAAUUCCAUGAAACGAAUGUGACGCCUCUAAAUUGUGAUGACAUAUUUGACUAUGUGUACAAAAAACAUUAUGAACAAUUUUUGAACAACUCAGAUUUUUAUAUAAACUUUGUAACCCAAAAUUAUGACUCAGCAACAGUAGAGAAUAUUAUAAAUUACUUUAUUUUUUGUACACACAUAAACCAAUUAGAUAUGUCUGAUUUGUGUGUCCUGAUUAGGAUUAUGAAGCAAAUAAAUAAAUUUCAUUCAUUCAUAGAUUUCUAUAUGGCAAAACGAGUAGAAAAAAUGCUGAAGGAAGAAUAUUCCAGAGGACGUGAACAAAAUCUGAUUGGUAAUGAGACGGAGAAACGAAAUUCCUACGAAUUUACAGACACUUAUUUAGAUGAGUAUAUAUCCAAAAUUAAUGAAAAAAAAAAAAAGGUAGAUCAGGAUAUAUUUUCAAAUGCGGAAAAUAAUAAUAAAAGUAUUACGGAAUCUGAAAUCUCAAACAUGUCAUAUGUUUCACAAAGGAUGAAACAUUUUGACGAAAUGAAUCUAAACACACAUUCAUUAUAUGCAGCAAAUUUUGAAAAAUAUUACUAUGAUUAUGAUAUUUGCAAUACUGCUAUAAAUAUGUUCCUAUCUCUACAUCCAAUGAGCCAAACCAGACGUGUCAUCUCAAAUUAUCAUCCAUACUUCACUCAUAACAAGGUGAACAUUUUUAAAAUUAACAUGGAACAUUUUUUUGUAAAUGAAAAGGAUUCAAUGGAGAAGAAUGAAAACAGUCAAACGUUUCACGAAUCCUAUCACAACACAUACACACGGGAAGCAAACAUAGAAUUCUCCAACUUGUUUCCAAAUGAAACAGGAAAAAAUAGCCAAAUGGUAAAUUCUGAACAAGAAAAUUAUCCAUUUGUAAACUCUGAACAUGAGAAUUAUCCAUUUGUAAACUCUGAACAUGAGAAUUAUCCAUUUGUAAAUUCUGAACAUGAGAAUUAUCCAUUUGUAAAUUCUUCCUUGUCUAGUCAGAGUAUGAUAAUCGACAAUAACAACUACCCAUUUAGUGAUGUUCAAAUAAAUAGUAAUCUCAACUGGAAAAAAAAAGUAACAAUUUAUGAUCACCCCUUUGAUCAUGACUUAAUUUACAACAUUGUAGAAGAGAGACUAAAAUAUAACAUUAAUGUGAAAAAUUAUUUAUUAAAUAAAAUGAAUGAAAAUAAUGAAGAGACAAAAAAUUUUCUUGAAAAAGAAGUUCUAUCAUUAAACAAUAUUGCAUGUUUUAUAUAUUCCAUAAAUACAACAAAUGAUGAUAUGAAAUACAUGAAACUUUUGAAUCUAGCGUUAAAAGAUAUAAUUCUAAGCAAACACGAAAUUGUAGAUAUAAAAAUUUUUAGAAUGAUAACAAAAGUUCUUGUUGAUAUUAAAAAUGUGUAUCAAAAUAUUUAUUUCCCCUCCGAAUAUUCUUACUUAAGCAUGCUAACAAAACAUUAUGUACAGAUCAUGCAAAAUUUUUUUCCUUUUUUUAAAAUGUCAGAUUAUUUUCAAAUCAUUCAAAUUUUUAUAAAAUACAAUUUAACAGAAAAUUAUCUAAAAAACUUAGUAUCUUUAAAUAGAGAAUUAAAUAAAAUGAAUAUGAAAAAUUUUAAUAUCAAUCUGAUUCACAUUAUAUUAUAUUUUUAUACAAAAUUAGGUUAUAUGAAUGAAAAAUUUAUUUCUAACAUUUUACAAAUGUAUGCACAUGCAAUGCUUCAACAAAUAAAUAACAUCAACAAACAUAUUGUGGAAAAUCUUAUCAAAACAAACGAUUUAUUGCUUUCUUUAUGUAUCAAAAAUAGGGACAUUAUACAAUUAAAUUAUCUGCUUAUACAGCAUUACAGCGACUACUCUCGCGAAUUUAAAAUUGAUGACUAUGUUGAUGAAGGUGAUGAGGCACGAUGCAACACACCAAAGAAGGAAGAAAAUAAUCUUUUCAGUCAUGGGAAUAACAUGAAAAAUAAAGAUGUUUCUUCCAAAUCGUUUGAUGUCAACAACAACAAAAGCAUGGAUAGACACACGGAAAAUACUAAAUUUGUAAAACAAAAUGAAUCUGAGGAGGAUGUAGCAAAUCAAGACCUGUAUGUCAAUUUUCGCAAUGAAAACAUUUUUGACGUAAAAAAAAAAUUAAUUGAAACGAGAAACUCAUCAUCCAAUGUAUGGUGGACACAUAAUAACCAUAACAUAUGUUCCUCGAAUGACAGACCUACAAAGAACAAAUGUGAAAAUAAAACCUCAGAUAUAGAGGGAAUAAAGGAAAAAAAAGAAAUUACUACAAGUACAAUAUUUACAAAGAAAUGUCAACUUUCCCUAAAACAGAAAUUGAAAAUUAUGUACUUUUUGUGCAAAUUUCAUUUGUACAAUGACUUGAUAAAAAUAUAUUAUUUACAAUUACUAGACCAAUGUAUAAAGAACAAAAAUGACAAUCUGAAUGACGAAGAUUAUUGCAAAUUGUACGAAAUAUACGUACAUGUAAUUCUGAAUUUUUAUUUUCUUUCCUUUAAUAAAAAUAAUAAAUAUAUUAAUUUUGUAUUAAAUAAUUUACCAUGUUAUUAUUGGUAUAAAAGAGAAGAAGAAAAAUUAAAUCUGUUUAUUUCAUCCAAGGAAUUUAAUGACAUUCAUCUUAUUUUAAAAUUGUUAAAUAUUGAUUUUCUUACCCCGACAUUGACAGAAAUAUAUUUCAUUCAUUUCUUUAAUGACAUCAAAAAAACAAAUCAUGCUUUAGAAAUCCCUAUAAACGUUUUACAUUUAUAUAAAAAGUUCAAUUUGCUUAUUGACGAUGUUAGGAGUAAAAGCAUUUCUAUAUUGUGUGUCCCGGAAGAGGACGUCCUAUGGGACGAUAAUGGAAAUAACAGGAUCCUAAUAAACGAAAGCCAUUAUGUUUAUGAAAAUAUUAAAAAAACGUAUGCAACUUCUUUGUUAUUUUUAAGCGAGUGGAAGAAAUUAAAUACGGAAGAAAAAUGCGAAUAUAUCUUGCGUGUUAUCCAUUCAUCUUUAAAUAGUUAA